AUGUUCUUGCAGUCUUUCUCAUCUUCAUCAUCUUCAUCGCUCGUCGUCAUCAUGCCAAAGCCAUCGUUCAAAGUCGUGGGACACGAGAUCGCCAACUGUCAAAGCGUCGAGGCUCCACUCUUCCAAAUCGAAAUUGGAGGAAAAAUUUUGAAAAAGUGGGAGCACGAAAUGACGUAUGAUCAACGUCAAAUUCUGGAGGCCUAUCGCCAAGAGAAUUGCCAAGAGGCGUAUGACGGAGAAGCCGAUUUUAAUAUAGACACAAUCUAUGCCCAUAGAUAUGUCAAAGGAGUCAAAUGGUUCCUCAUAUCCUUCGAAGGAUUCGGAGAGCCUUUCUGGCGAUAUUGGAAAGCCGAAUUUGAGUUGGGGGACUGUCGCCCACUCAUUCAAAAGUACGAGAGGAAAAUUGAGAGAACCAGAGGCCGUCGUGCUCGCUCCUCGACCAUUCGAUCGACGCCAACGAGUCGCCGCUCGGAAAGCCGCGGCACGGCAAUCCGCCGCUCGAGCUCCUCCGAGGAAGACAUCGAGAUGUCGGACCAAGAAGUGGAGUUGACGGACAAAGAAGUUCGCAAGAUUCGCAAAAGAAACUCUUCACUCUUUGUCUAUGAUAGGAGCAGAUUCACAAGUGCUCCAUUGAAGAGGAUGAGAAUGGCAGAUGGAAGCUGGAAGACGCUCCCAUGGGAGAAGCCUGAGGGCUGGGUGGACAUCCCGCUCAAAUAUUGGAGAGUGUAA